AUGUCGCUGACGGGCUUAAGUUCCUUCUUCAGUGAGGUGGCAGAUGCUUCGCCCCUGCCAGUGCUGAUCUACAACUACCCUGACGUUACUGGCGGGUUAAACAUCACCUUGGACACGAUCAUCGAGAUGGGGAAAAAGCAUAAGAACAUCGUACGAGUCAAACUGACCUGCGGAGAUGUCGGCAAACUACAUCGCAUCCAACCUUCAUUCCCACCGGGAGAGUUUGCCGGCCUUGACGACGAGUCGGACUUCCUCCUCCUAGUUCUGGUUAUUGGCACUCAUGGAGCUAUUACGUGUGACCUGUGGUCCUUGCAAAGAUCGCUGGACAAUUCAACAAGGGUGAACUUGCUGAGGCGCAAAGGCUUCAAGCGAAGCUCAGUCAUGCGGAUGACGCACUCAUGGGGAUCGGGGCGGUGGGAGUCAAGGCAACGAUGGCGCAUUAUCUUGCAUUUGGAAGCGGGCGUGGUCGGAGACCUUUAG